AUGUAUGUCCAGAACUUGUUCACCCUGUCUGUAGCCGCUUUGGCCGGCUCAGCCAUCGCUGCAGAGUACAAUGGCGGCGAGAUUCCAGCGGCUUUGCGCCAAGGGCGCGGCAAGAACAGGGCGUCUUCUUCUGCUGCCAUGUCGAUGAUGGCAACGCCAUCGUCGUCGUCGGCCGCCAUGUCUGCCCUGCCCUCUUCGGCUAUGAUGAUGAUGGUCACGGUGACGGUAACGCCCACUGUCACAGAGUCACCGUCUGCGUGGCCAUCGCCCUCAUCUGAAUGGCCAUCUACCUCCCCAACUGCGUGGCCAUCGGCAGCCCCAUCCCCAUCGGCCUCGCCUUCCAGCAGCGUGGCCAUGCAAAGGUCCUUCACCCCCAAGGUCUCUCCCUCUUCAUCCCACCUCCGUUCUAGCUCGGCGACACACGCCGCCAUGGCGUCGUCAACUCCGCUGAUAGGCAAAAUCGGCGUCCCAGUCAACGACUUGGUCGACAACAAGGACGACAAGUCCAAGCAGCCAUUCCAGAACAAGGCUGGAAAGGACAAGCCUGCCCCGGCAGCCCAGAUUAUUGGCACUGACGAUAUGCGUGUGAACACCAAGGACGACUGCUCCCUGCGCUGCCAGAGCCUCGCCGAACAGUGUGUUGAACUGUUGCCCAAGGACAACGACUUCUGUUGGACCCAGUAUCCGGAUUGCCAGAACCGCUGUGUCACACAACAUGUGGGUACUGCGUGA